AUGGCUUCCUCAGACACGGAGCUGCUCACGGAGCACUUUGGCUAUCCUCCCGUGAGUCUCCUGGAUGACAUUAUCAACAGCGUCAACAUCCUGGCCGAGCGGGCUGUGAGCAGCGUCGAGCAGGCGCUCCUGCGGCAGCCACCGGCCAGCCUCGGAUUCAAGGCGGCCAAGAAGGCGUCGCGGCCGGAGGAUCGGGCGGCAGCCGAAGCGGCGGCGGCCGAGGCGCACCGCCACGAAGUCGAGAACGGGACGCACCAGCUGGAGACGCUGCUGUGUGCGUCCAUCGACCGCAACUUUGACAAGUUUGAGCUGUACGUGAUGCGCAACAUUCUGUGCGUGCAGCCGGAGGACCGCGACUGGAUCCGGCUGGCGCACUAUGAGGGGUUAGAUUUUGGGGAGGUAGGAGGAGAGGGAGAAGGAGGAGAAAGAGGAGAAGAACAAGGAAAGGAUCUUCCCCCCUCGGAUGUUGCCAUUGCCCGUCUGCACCGCCGUCUGCAGGCCAGCCUGCAGCUCGGCAGCCUGCUGGAGGCCGAGACGGCCCGCAACGACGUGAUGCUGGCCCAGCUGCGCGUUCUUGCUGGCGUCACGACCGAAGCCGAAGCUGAAGCUGGAGCCGGAGCCGAUGUCGCGAAGAGCGAACCAUCGCCGGAGCCGGCGUCCCACUUCGGCUUUUUGCUGGACCGUGGUCCGCUGACCGAGAGCGACGUGGCCGCACCACUGACCACGACAACGGCCUUUGCCCUGUCGCAGCUGCCGGCGCUGCGUCAGCUGUCGGGCACGUUGCGGCAGAUGGCGCCCGGACUGGAGGACAGGAGCACCAGUAUCAGUGCCAAGGCUGACAACGAACACGACGACCCCCACGACCCCAAGUCGUGGCGCCGCGAGCGGCUCGAGUACGUCGAGGGGGCUACGCGCAAACAUCUGGAGCGGACCCGCGGACUGGGACUCGGCCGCCAUGGAGAGCUCGUGCAAUCCAACAGCCAGCAGACGGUCGGCGAUUUGAACAGCAACAGCACCUUGGCCGUCGAGCCCGACGCGCUCUCCAACAUCCUCAGCAUCCUGCGGGAACACCGGCGGCCAGACGAAACUACAGACGGCGAGGCUAUGGACCAGUCGUAG